AAAAAAAAACAACGUGAUUUCUUUCCAUACGCAAUACUUCAACUGGUAAAUUCUAUAAGAAUUUUACUGGGAUUUUUGUAAAUUUUUUAUCGUAUAUUAUCGUUAAAAAGUUUGCAAAAUGGUGCGUCAUAAUAAUCAACUGCCGCAUAAUUUGCCUCAGCUACAAAAUCUUAUUAAACGUGAUCCAGAAUCUUAUAAAAGUGACUUUCAACAGCAGUAUCGUCAUUUUGAGGCAAGUCUUGAAGUAUUUGCUUUGAAUCCAUGUGAGGAGGACAAAUCACUUGAUGAACUUGUCAUGUUUAUAGCACAGUGUGCUAAAUGCUACCCGGAAAUAUGUCUCAAAUACCCCCAACUUUUAGUUGAUAUGCUAAAAAAUCAUGCUACCACAUUGGAUCCAACUAUGCGAAAUUGCUUUGUAAAGGCGUUAGUGUUAAUGCGUAACAAAAACUUAAUAUCAGCAUUGGAUUUAUUAUCACUAUUUUUUCAACUGCUUCGGUGUCCAGAUAAACAUUUACGAAGCUAUCUACAAACUCAUAUAAUAACUGACAUAAAAAACAUGAAUUCUAAACAUAGAGAUAUGAAAUUGAAUUCGAAUUUACAAAACUUUAUGUAUACAAUGCUGAAAGAUACUAAUCCUAAAGCGGCCAAGAUGUCUGUGAAUAUAAUGAUUGAUCUGUACAAAAAAAAUAUAUGGAAUGAUGCGAAAACAGUUAAUGUUAUUGCUACUGUUGGCUGCUUUUCAAAAAUAACUAAAGUACUUGUCACUUCAUUAAAAUUUUUCUUGGGCCAUGAUGAUGACGAUAAGAAUUCAGAUGAAUCUGGUAGUGAUAAUGAAAUCGAUCUGAAAACUGCCAUUAUGCAAAAUCGUGUUAACAAAAAAACAAAGAAACGCCAAAAGCAAUUAGAAGUUAUUAAAAAACAAGCAAUAAAGGCACAAAAAAAGAAGAAAAAUGCACCAGCAUUUAAUUUUUCAGGCAUACAUCUCAUACAUAAUCCACAAGGUAUGGCCGAAGGUUUAUUUAAACAAUUACAGGCUGGUAAUGAACGUUUUGAAGUAAAACUUAUGCAUUUAGACGUUAUUUCGCGUCUAAUCGGCAUACAUAAUUUAUUUUUGUUCAGUUUCUAUCCCUAUAUAACGCGUUUCAUGCAACCACAUCAACGCCAAGUAACGCGUGUUCUACAGUUUGCUGCACAAGCUUCACACGAACUGGUACCUGGUGAUAUCAUAGAACCUAUAUUGAAAACAAUUGCCAACAAUUUUAUAACAGAACGAAACUCAAGUGAUGUUAUGGCUAUUGGUUUAAAUGCUACGCGAGAAAUUUGUUUACGUUGUCCACUGGCAAUGGGUGAGGAUUUAUUAAGGGAUUUAGCUAUGUACAAGACUUAUAAAGAGAAAUCAGUUAUGAUGGCGGCACGUUCACUUAUAAUGCUUUAUAGAGAACAAUUGCCCGCUUUAUUACAUAAAAGAGAUCGCGGACGCUUAACCGAAGCACAAGCGGAACGAAAACCUCGUGCUUAUGGUGAAAUUGAAGUACACGAAUCUAUACCAGGUGCAGAAGUUUUGCUUAAAGCAUCCAAAGUAAUUGACAUGGGUGACGAUAAUGACUCGGAUACAGACUCAAAUGAUGGACAAUGGGUAGAUGUGUCGCAAAGUGAAGAUGAAGGCGUUCAAGAUUCCGAACAAGAUGAAGAAACUGAUGAUGACCAGGAAGAAGAAGAUAGUGAUAAUGAUGUCUCUGACAAUGAUGAAGAUGAUUCAGAUGAAGAAGAUGUAAACAAAACAGAUAAUUCUUUAAAUUUAAAAACUACUAUUAAACAAGAAAAAGAUGAAUCCAAUGAAAUAUCUGAAAAUAUUAAAAUCUUAAAUGAAAAGGAGGCCGCGCAAGAGUUAGCUUUAACUCGCAUUUUUACAGACGAAGACUUUAAAAAAAUAAAUGCAGCAAAUUUGAAAAAAACUGUUACUAAUGCACGCAAACGGCCACUUGAAAAAGACCGGUCCGAAUUUGUUAAGCUAGAUAACAUUGAAAUGAUAUAUAAGAAACGUAAGCAUGACAAGGAGUCCAGAUUAGAGACGGUCAAAGCAGGACGUGAGGACAGAGAGAAAUUUGGUUGGAAAGAUGGACGUAAAAAUGAAAAUUGUUCAAAAACAAAUCGAGAGAAACGAAAGAACAAAAACUUUGUAAUGAUGCGACAUAAGGCUCGUUCAAAAGUGAAGAAAAGUUUCCGAGACAAACAACAGGCAUUACGAAAACAUUUAUUACAACAAAAGAAAAUGAAAUAAAUAUAAAUAUUUAGU